UAAAAAUUUUUUUAAUAAAUAAAUAAACUUAAAAAAUUAAAAAAAAAAAUCAGUUGUUAAGUUCUUGGAAGAAAAGUAUUGGGUCACAAGAGAAAGGCACCAUCUGUGAGAGCCAUCUCAGAUAAGCCCUGUGCCCUUAGCACAGGCCUCUGUGGCCCAUGCUUUCUCCUUCCUCUGGAAAGUGAAAUGCACAAAGGUAGAAACCCAGAGGGUGUGUUGGUGCUGGGAGAUAGGCCGUGCUGGUCAGAUUCGAUGUCUCAAAAUAGACAUAUAAACGUGCCAACCUGAUUCCCUACCCCAGUGAUUUGGAACUUGGAGGGUGUCAGUCAAAAUUUCCUAGAGAGUCUUGACAAGUUCAUCAGCACCUAGAGCUGCCCCGGAUCCUGCACUUUCAGUUCACAGUGCAAAAGAAAAAAGGUGUUGUCGAACACGUUGACACAAUGAACACAAUGAACAGGCAAGUGCAGGGAGGGAUGCCCUCAGCUCAUGGAUCUGGUCCCAGAGGAGGCCGAAGUGGAGGGCCACCUCCCUGCGAGUGCACGCACCUGCAGGCUGUUUCCAUCGGAGCCAGAUGAGCUGCAGGUGGAAAUCCUCCCGAGUGCUGCAGACUUGGGCCAGGCCUUUAAAUUCAGAGCAACUGGAGAGGAGAAAGGAGACUGGAUGUAGGCUCAGGCCGUGCAAGAUGGCGCUCCAACUGCCUGAUCUGCCGACGUUAAAAAUCUUCUCUUUCCUGGACGCGUUCAGCUUGCUCCAGGCUUCCCAAGUGAACAGGGAAUGGAAUAGAGUUGCCGAGAACGAUCACCUGUGGAGAAACCUGUGUCUGAAGAAAUGGAGCUUCUGCAACUUCUCCAAGUGCCUGGGCUCACAGACGUGGAAACAAUUCUUCCUCAAACAAACAAAGCAGGAGUAUCAGAUGGCCUUGGCGCAACCAGAGGACUUUAUCUUCAAAGAAGCAACUGGGAACCUCGGAAUCAUAGGACCUAUGGCUUAUCUGUCAGGAAAUGGCCCCACGAUGGGUGGACGGGAGAAGUCCAUCAUUUGUACCGUGUCGUCCAAGCACAUGCUUUAUGCCUGGGAUGUGCAGGAGGGCACUAUGAUCUGGUCAAGCCCCGUCCAGCAGUCUAGUAUCACGCAUCUGGCGACCCUCCCUCAGAUGUAUCUCGCAUUCACUGUGGAUUUGGAGGGAACCGUCAAAGUGUGGAAUUGUCAGGAUCAGGAUGCCCUGGCCACUUUCCCCGUGUCUCAGGCCUGCUUUUCCUUGGAAGUCUGUCUCACAAAGGAUGGCCCAUUCCUGAUGGUAAGUGAGUCGGGCAAUUCUGAAGGUGACAUCUACACACUGACAGUGCCUGAGCUCAGGGGUGUUUCUAAAGUCCACGCAUUUAAAUACACUGACCUUCUGCACUGCUCUCCUGACAAGAAAUGGGUCUUUGCAUCUGGGACACAUUCAGAAACAAUCUCUCCAUAGGUCUUUUUCACAGAGUGCUUACUGAAACCACCGGAAGGCAAAAGCCCUCUGUCACUCUCUAUCCCGUUUUCGUCAUGCUGCAGAGCCUGCUGGGCCCCAAGGAGGACAAGCAGGAUAACAUUGAUGUACCGAAGAGGCUCUUCCAAAAAGACAGGAUUUACCACCUUUGACCUAAUGACCGAGAGGACUGGGGGCAGAACAGUCAUCCAAGCCCAUCAGGUCGCAACUUUCCUGUUGCCAGUUCAUAUGGAGAGUCCGAUUUGGAUGGGAGCCAGUGAUGGAAAUAUGAUCGUCUUUGAGAGUGGGCCAUACUUGUUCCUCUUCACCAUCAGUGGGUACCAGCUGCAACGAUUUGAGGAUCACCAGAGGACCAUCGGCAAUUUGUGGGCGGAUUCUCUGCAUGUCCUCACCACAUCUAUGGAUGACUCCCUGCAUGUGUACAUGUGGGAAGAGGAAGGCCGUUAUCCAUACCUCAAGAGCUGCUGUCACCUGGAACACAUAGGGAGUGACCUGACGCCCAGCUGCUACGUCUCCAAAGCAAUAUGUGAUAACAUGAGCAUAGUAUGUGUGGUGUCAAAAAAUCGUGAGUCCAGCAUUCUGGUGAUGUAUUCUUUGCAUACAUAAUAUGGAAACUAAUGGAAUAAUUAACCUUGCAUCAUCUCCCUCAAUGUAGUAAAGAGAAUUCUGUUUGCAAACUCA